AUGGAGGCCUUAAAGGAGGACAUGGCGGGAACCGAGAUUACGACUUCCGCGGCAUCCUUUCAGAGAUUCAUGGAUUCGCAGAAGGAUCUUUUUCAUAGUCAGGUCGAUCAACUUCAGAGAAUCGUCGUUACUCAGUGCCAGCUCACUGGUGUCAAUCCUCUUUCUCAAGAGAUGGCCGCUGGUGCGCUUUCAAUUAAAAUUGGUAAAAGACCUAGAGAUUUGCUAAAUCCAAAAGCCAUAAAGUACAUGCAAGCAGUUUUCUCUAUCAAAGAUGCGAUCACGAAGAAGGAAUCUCGUGAAAUUAGUGCUCAAUUUGGCAUAACAGUGACGAAGGUUCGUGAGUUUUUUACCAGCCAACGUUCCCGCGUAAGGAGACUGGUCAGGCUUGUGAGGGAAAAGGGCAUUCGAGAUAUUGCAGUUAGAGAAGCUUCAAAUAACAUCCAAAUGAAUGGCGACUCUACCAGAUUUAAUUCAGUGCCAUUAAACUCAAUUAUCCAUGAUCCAGUUCCUGUAAGCUCAAUUGGCUCAGCUACAGUUAUCUCAAGCUCUGUGGGCCUUCAUACAGUCCCCUUACAUUUCAAUGGUCCUAACCCAGUCCCUCUGACUUCCGCCCACUCCGAUACUGUCCCAUUAGCUUCUGUGGGAUCUGACCAUGUUCCAUUGAACUAUCUCGCACCGGAUUCAUCUCCGUUGAUGGUUGCUGGACCUUCCGAUCUGGAAGGAGGACCAUCUUUCUCAAAACAGGAAGAUAUAUUGCCUGGUUUAGAUGACUCAGAAAAGCAUUUUGUUGAAAAUAUUUUUGGUUUGUUGAAGAGAGAGGAGACGUUUGGUGGGCAGGUCAAACUGUUGGAAUGGGUCUUGCAAAUCCAGAAUCUCACAGUACUAAAUUGGUUCUUAAGCAAAGGUGGUGUGAUGAUUCUGGCGACGUGGCUGACUCUAGCGGCUGCUGAAGAACAAACAAGCGUUCUGCUUGUUGCCCUUAGGGUUCUCUUGCACUUGCCUUUGCAUAAUGCUUGCCCUGAACAUAUGUCAGCCGUCCUGCAUAGUGUAAAUACUUUGCGGUUUUACAGGACAUCAGACAUAUCGAACAGGGCAAGGAUUUUGUUGUCGAAGUGGACCAAAAUGUUUGCCCGAAGUCAGUCUGCAAAAAAACCUAAUGGCAUUGGGUCUUCCACUGAUGCCCAGGAUAUGAUACUGAAGAGAAGCAUUGAUGAAAUUAUGAGCAACGAAUUUUGGCAUCCUGAUAUUGGCUAUGCUGAAGGUACACUUGCUCUUCCCUCUGAUCAUUUGGAGAAUGUCAGGAAAAUGGAGUCUUCACAAACAAUGAAGCUAUUGCCUGCUUCCACCGAAGAUGCGAGCAGGAAGCACAUCUUAGGUGGAUCUCCAUCUCAUGCCAGAGAGCGUAGAAAAGUUCAGCUUGUUGAGCAGCCUGGCCAGAAAGCAUCAGCUUCCAGAACGCUUCAGGGAGCAAAAGCUUUAUCAUUUAGUCAAGGCCGCCCAAUGUCUGCAGAUGAUAUCCAAAAGGCAAAACUGCGUGCCUUAUACAUGCAGAGCAAGCAUGGCAGGAAGUCUAGUUUACCCAAUGGAAGCAACAGCAUGAAUAACGAAGCAGUUAACAAAGGGCAGGGUGUUUUGUUGGGCAACUCUUCUCAAGUUUCCAAGGUUGUGGUCGAACCAAAGGAUGAAGAACUCAAGGAACCUGUCUUAACUGCGGUAAAAGUUACUGAUAGGGGUGAAGAUCACCACCAUGCUACUGAGGCAAAAAUGGAAUUAAAGGUAUCUAUACAAAAAUUGGAAUCAGAGGUACCUGUAACAGAAAAGGAACCGAAGGUACCUGUAGAAAAAGUGGAAUCAAAGGUGCCAGUUGGGCAGUUACACUCCAGGAUCCAGAUCCCAUGGCAGUCACCACCAGAGGUGAGACUCAACCUUCUUUGGCGUGUUGGCACUGGUGAGUUCAGCAAAGAAGUAGAGGUCCAGAAAAACAGGAAUCGCAGAGAGAUGGAAACCAUCUAUAGGGUCUCUAAGGAGAUACCAUCUAAUCCCAAGGAACCGUGGGACCUCGACAUGGACUAUGACGACUCACUGACCCCUGAAAUUCCAAUUGAACAGCAGCCUGAUGCAGCAGAUGGUACAGAGAAGACAGAGGUACCCGAUGAUAACAAACCGAAGAAAUCCGUGGCUGCAUCGUCAUCGUCCUCUCCAGCUGGUCCCACCAUUGUAGCCCAAAAUGGUGAUGAUGGUGGGCCUGCAGCAGAGCCAGACCUCGAGCUGCUUGCUGUUCUCCUCAAGAAUCCGCAACUGGUUUUCGCGCUGACAUCUGGGCAGGCGGGCAAUUUAUCAAAUGAUGAAACUAUGAGGUUGCUAGAUAUGAUUAAGAGCGGUGGCAGCGGCAUAGUAGGUAGUAGUAGUAGUAGUAGUAGCGUAAAUGAGUCGGGUGGUGGAAAAGUUGAACGAGCGGAGGUGGUCGAAGUAUCUCUCCCGUCGCCGACUCCUUCGUCAAGCAAUCCUAGAACGAGUGGAUGGAAGCCAGAAGUUGCCAAGAACCCAUUUUCACAGCAAAAUCACAGAGGAAGAGCAGCUGCUUAUCUCGAUACAACCAUCGUCACCAGUUCGGUGCUUCCAGACACUCUAGCCUCCACCAGUAACAUGAGAAGCUUACCACUAGAGCUUCCCAAUGUGCCAUUGCAACCCUCUCAUCAUCAUCAUCAGCAGCAGCAGCAGCAGCAGCAAUACCUCCGUCAUCACCAAAGUCUACCAACUUAUCCCGAGCUACAGACACCAGGUGGCAGCGCAUCCUUUGUCUCCAUAGGAGAGGGGCCACAGGUUCGAUUUCAGCAGCAGCGGCAGACUUUCCUUAGCGAAUCAUCUCCCCAAGUGUCGUCGUCAUACUUAUCGUCUAGGCCAGGGAAUGUGAAUGUAGGACGCGUCCCUGCUGCCCAGGAUUCCUGGAUAGCCAGGCAGGGUGUUGGUGCAGCAGUAGGGUCCAACUCGUAUUCUAAUGUAAAUCAUCAGAGUGUAUACAGUGGAACUAGUAUGUCGGUGUAUAGGAGAAACGAAGAGCAUUACAGAGGGGAAGGGUUCGAGUCGUGGAGUCCGGAGAAUAGCCCUAGUCGUAGUAGGUCUCCUGGUGAACAAAUGGUUAUGGGCAGGGGAGGAGGAGGAGGGUAUGUAUUAGGAGGAGGCAGAAGGGCGGCAGGAGGGUAUCGAGACACCGGAAUCCACGAUAACCAUCGGCAAACUGCGAGACCCAGGAAUCCAUCCAGUUCUUCUUCUGGGUAUCGAGACCCUAACGACAACAGCAGGGUAGGAAAUGGAAGGUGGCGAUGA